AAAAAUUGAAUAUCUAUAACCGAAACCCCCUCAAAAAUUACGCACCCUACUCACCGCCUGCUACCCACCGCCCCCCGCCGCCCCUGUCUGUUAUCCCUAGAAGCCGCCGCUGACUCGACUCAGCCGUGGAUCAGGGCGCUGCCGCAGCGGCGGGUGAUUCUCGUGUCUCUCUGACUUCUCUUCCCCGGGGCAGCAGACCAGCAGCUCAGUCCCGUGGCGUCCUGCGCCACCUCCGAGCUCCGGCGCUCAGCCUCUUCUCUUCUCGCCGCCUGCGACUCCGGCAGCCUUCAGGGUUUAGACCAUGAAUGGCUGGGAAGACUAAUGCUUGCUUGGGAUUACUAAUGCUUCUCUCCUUUCCACGCUUCAUGAGCCUUCUUACCCAGAGACCUCUCAGAUGGCACGCCAGAAAUGUCAAUCACGUCAUUUUAUUUAUGGCUGAGUAAAUGAAGCAACUCGUGCACAUAAAAAGUUUUGCAUGCCCUAAACCCUCCUGCUCCGCCUAGAAGCUUUUGUUUGCUUCAGUUGUAGCAACAAUAUGAAAGACACCUUUUGGGUGGGAGACUCCAGUUUACAGUCGCCUGUUAGCCCUGUUCCUAAGAAAAGGAAGAGAAGAGUUGGGAAAAGAAAAAUCGAGUUUGUUGGAUGGGGUUCUAGGCCUUUAAUUGAAUUUCUUGAAGCAAUUGGUAAGGAUACAAGGGAAAAGCACCCGCGACAGGAGGUGGCAGCAUUCAUCAGCAAGUACAUAAAUGAUAAAGGUCUUACUAGUGCAGAAAAGAAGAAGAAAGUCCUUUGUGAUGAGAGACUUUUCGCUCUCUUUGGGAAGAAAUCUAUGUCGCGAAUAAAAGUAUUUGACAUGCUGGAAGAGCACUUUGCUGAAAACCACAAUGACUCUGAUGAUGAUUUUCUGGACAGCUCAGAUGAAGAUUAUGGAGAAAAAGAUUCCUCACAGGUGAAAAAGAUUCCUACUGGUCAGAUGAAGAAGGUCCUUAAGACUCCUAAAAGCUGCUAUGCUGCUGUUACUCCUGAAAAUAUCAAACUUAUUUAUUUAAAGAGAAGUGUAAUUCAGGACCUCCUCAAGGUUCCUGAAAGCUUUGAAUUUAAAGUAGUGGGGAGCUUUGUUAGAUUGAAAUCUGAUCCGAAUGACAUUUAUCAAAAGAAUCGCUUCCAGCUUCAACAAGUCACAGGGAUAGAGAAGAUUUCUGGUACUGGUGAUGCUGAUAUUGAAACCCACCUCCUAAGAGUUUCAAAUUUCUUUAAGGGUGUUGACAUUUGCAUGUUGUCAGAUGAUAACUUUACUAAGGAAGAAGUUGAAGAUGUUUGGGACAGGAUUAAAGCUGGCUCGCUUAACAGGCUUACCGUCAAUGUGGUUCAAUUGAAGGCCCAAGUACUUCAUGUUGAUAUCACAAAAAAUUGGAUUGCCAAAGAAAUUUCUCUGUUGCAAAAGCUUGCUGAACAUGCCAAUGAGAAAGGAUGGCAAAGAGAGAAGUUCGAGUACCUAGAAAGAAGGAAAUUGCUACAGAAACAAUCUGAACAAGAAAAAUUAUUGCUCAAACUUCCUGAAGUGGUUGCUGAAGAAUUAGAGCCUGAAGCUAUGGUAACUGUUGCUUCUGAAAAAGCAGAAAUAAGUGUGUGUUCUCCACAAUCAAUUCUUAGGGGAAGUUCUAACGUCUCCAGCACAGAUGCUUCAGGGUCUGGAGAUAUUGGUACUCCACCUAAAGUUAUUUUAAGUACUCUUCAAGUUCAGAAUGGAUGGAUUGAUUGGGUUGCCGACGUCCCUCUCCCAAAAGGGUCUGGAGAGAGCGAUACUCCACCUAAAGUUAUUUUAAGUGAUUCACAUACUCUUCAAGUUCAGAAUGUAGGCAUCGAUUGGGUUGCCGACAUCCCUCUCAAGGAUCCAAAAGGGUCUGCAGAGAUUGGUACUCCACCUGAAGUUAUUUCAAGUGAUUCACGGACUCUUGAAGCUCAAAAUGGAGGCAUCGAUUGGGUUGCCAACAUCCCUCUCAAGGAUCCAAAAGCAGAUAUCAUCAAACAAGAGAUGCUGGUCACUAAUGCAAACUGUGGUGAAAGCAGUAGAGAGACGCAGGGCAUAGGUGUCGGAGAUAAUGAACCUCCGGGUCGGGGAGAGCCAGAACAACCACUUAUUACAGCUCCCACUGUGAUCUGUAAUGGAAACAGUACAGCGACACAGGUGAUGGGUUCUGGAGAAAAGAACCCUCAACCACCAAGUGCAACUACGGUGAUUGAAUUAAGCGACGAUGACUCAGAAGAUGAUGUGCCAGACAGUGCAGGUAUAAGUCAUGGUGAAAACCCGAACGAUGCUGUAUGGCACUACGCAGAUCCCCAAGGGCAAACUCAAGGUCCGUUCCCACUAUCUUUAUUGAAGCGCUGGAGUGAUGCUAAUUACUUCCCUUCAGGUUUCACAGUGUGGAAAACUGGUCAGACCUCUCACGAGGGACUUGUGUUAGUUGAUGUUCUUCAUCGGACAUUCCCAUAUUGAUGUAGUUGUAGACCCAAUUUUUUCUCCAAAACGAAAAAAAUAAAAAUAAAAUGUUUUAGGGCUGUGAGUUUCUGUUACAACGACUUUUCUCUUAAUAAAAUUUGUUCCUGGCAAGAUAGGACAAACUCAA